UCGCCGGGCCGCCGCUCGCGCUGCCGCCGCGCGGCACCUGAGAGGACUUUGUCUCUGAAGGUGUGAGGUGAAGGGGUUCCCGGGCCCUGGGGCCGCGGGGCGGCUGGACAGGGACGCUACUGACAGGUGCCCGAGCGGCUGAGUCAGGAGUCCGGUGGCCGCGCACGGGGAGGAAGACGCUCACCUCACACGACCAAGCAGGUGCUGCUGCUGCUGCCCAGAGCGGACAAGAUCGGGCGCUGCCCCCUCCAGCAGCUGAGCUGAGAUGCCGGGAGCUUGACCUGAGCUGAGCUGAGGGGUAUUGUGCAGAGCACUGUGGACAGGAGCAUCUGGGGCCGAGGAGCAACCCACGCCAGGCCUUGCACAUCUGCUCCAUUUGCGUCCUCUUCCCAACCUCACCUCCAGACUCCUGGAUGCAUCCUAAGAGCAACGGACAAUGAAUAAGUCUCUGGGGAUGGUGUCAUUCGAGGAUGUGGCUGUGAGCUUCACCUGGGAGGAGUGGCAGGACCUGGACGAUGCUCAGAAGACCCUAUACCGGGAUGUGAUGCUGGAGACCUACAGCAGCCUGGUGUCCUUGGGGCACUGUAUCACAAAACCUGAGGUGAUUGUCAGGAUGGAGCAAGGAGCAGAGCCAUGGACUAUACAAGAACCCCCAAACCAGGGCCUCUCAGAUGUCCAGGCCAUGAGUCACCUGAUCCAAGCCAAUCAGGAAAAUCAAGGCAUACAUUUGUGGCAAGUUCUAAUUACCAACAGCAAAACAUCAACUAAGGAGAGAACUUAUUUGCAGAAAAUGUUUUACUUGGGCUCAAUCCAUAUUUCAAACCUAAUUAUAAAUAAUGAAACAUGUUCAGAAAUGAUGCCUGAGGAGUUUCAUGUGUGUGAGAACAUGUUUCCCACGGAGGAAUCUGAUGAGAUUCAUGCUGGAGAGAAAUCUGAGGGCCCUAAAACAACCAGGAAGUCUCUCAACUAUCCUGAGCAUCCUGUUGUCCAUCAGAUGAUUCAAACUUUGGAACAGCCUUUUGAAUUUAGUGAACAAGGGAGAGCCUUGAACAAAGAAUCAAUAUUCUUUACACAUAGGAGGGCUCUAAUGGGAGAAACUGCCUGUAAAUAUAAUGGGACAGACUGUGGUAAGUUAGCUCUUGUUGGCCAAGAGAGAAGUCACAUGAGGAAGAUGCACUACAAGUGUAAUGCAUGGAGGGAGAUCUUUCUGGAGAAACCAAUAGAGUUAAUUCUUUGGAGAGAUUUUGAAGAUAAACACCAAUAUAAUCAAAAUAGGAGUUACAGCAGCAAGAAAUUAUACCUUACUCAGCUUCAGAGGUCUCAAUUAGGAGGGAAAAAAAUUGACUAUAACACAUGUGGUAAAACUGCCUGUAGAAGUUCUGUUCUCAGUAACAAUAAGAAUAUACAAACAGCUGAGAAAUCUCAUGAAUGUUUGAAAUCUUGUGAGAAGUCAACACUCAGAGAAUUCUCACAGGACAGAAACCGUAUGAAUGUAAAGAAUGUUGGAAGGCUUUCUUCCAGAAAUCAGCUCUUAAUGGACAUCAGGAAACUCACACGGGAGAGAAACGCUAUAAAUGUGAAGAAUGUAGGAAAACUUUCUACUGGAAGUCAGCCCUCACCAUGCAUCAGAGAACUCACACAGGAGAGACACCCUAUCAAUGUCAGGAAUGUAGGAAAACUUUCUCUCAGAAGCCAGCACUCACAGUGCAUCAGAGAACUCACACGGGGGAAAAACCCUAUCAAUGUCAAGAGUGUAGAAAAACAUUCUAUUGGAAGUCAAGUCUCACCAUACAUCAGAGAACUCACACAGGAGAGAAACCCUAUGAGUGUCAAGAAUGUAGGAAAACUUUCUCUCAGAAGCCGACCCUCACUGUACACCAGAGAACUCACACAGGAGAGAAACCCUAUGAGUGUAAAGUAUGUAGGAAAAAUUUCUACUGUAAAUCAGACCUCACUAAACAUCAGAAAACUCACACAGGAGAGAAACCCUUUGAGUGUAAAGUAUGUUGGAAGGCUUUCUACUGGAAGUCAGCCCUUAGUGUACAUCAAAGGAUUCACACGGGAGAGAAACCUUAUGAAUGUCAGGACUGUAGGAAGACUUUCCACUGGAAGUCAGCUCUUACUAGACAUCAGAGAACUCAUACAGGAGAGAAACCUUAUGAAUGUAAAGAGUGUAGGAAAACUUUCUGCCAGAAGUCAGACCUCAGUGUUCAUCAGAGAACUCACAUGAGAGAGUCCCUGUGAAUGUCAAGUGUGUAGGAAAACUUGCUGCUGGAAAGUAGCCUUGACACCAGAGAGCUCACACAUAUGUCCUUCUAUUUGGCAGAGACCGACCUUGUGUUUAGCAAUACAGUAUUUUUCUGUUGCAAAAACAACCUCCCUUUGCUAUGGUUGAGACCCUGUAACUGAAAUCUGGACAGCAGACUGUGAACACCAGCAAUGAAUAUUACUUCCAUGCUGGGCCAAAAAGUAGUUUACUAGGUUUUUCAGGCCUUGUGUUCCAGAAGGAUAAGUGACCUGCCACUUUGCCUUGGGAAGCAGAGGGCAAAGAUGGCACCAUGAUUUAAGGCAAGGGGUUGUGGUGAGCAGUUUUCCAAACUACCUCAACAGUCUCCAUUUGAACUUUGUCUGAGAAAUACUUUGUUGAGCCCUUUGGUAUGAGAUCUAUCUGCAAUACUACCAGCCCAUUGUAGCCAGUUUUUCUUUUCAAUUUAGUCCAGCUCUCUGGAAAACGUUACCAGUCUUUGUGCAGGAAAUUUACACAGGAAGAAACUGUGUUGUCAUCUUUAAAGUCAAUGGAUGAGGGCCUCCCUGGUGGCGCAGCAGUUGAGCAUUGGGUUGCAAAGCUGCCUGCAGCCUCUGUGGUGCUGGUUCGAUCCCUGGCUGCUCCCCAGCCACCGGAGGAGGGUCCCACAUGGCACGCAGACCUUUCCUGCCACCCGCUGCUCCCCUCAGCAGUGUACUUCGGUCCUUCUGCCUGUUCUGCUCCCCACUCUGGCUCUGGUGAAUUCUCUCACCCUCCCGCACUUCUGACUGUACCCAGUGCUUGUAUGAAUAAAUAAAUAAAUAAAUAAAUAAAUAAAUAAAUAAAUAAAUAAAUAAAUCUAUCUUUAAAAAAAAAAAAGUCAAUGGAUGAGAAAAUCAAAUGAUAGGAAGAAAGAAAAAUGCAACAAGUAGUGAAUGCCUUCAUCAUGCAGAGACAAGUCAUGGAGCAGUAAGACUAAAUUAAGUUUAUAAGUAUUUUUAGUGUAUUUUCAACAAAAUUUCCAAGUUUAUGUGUACCAAAAUUUAUGUUUUUUUAAAGAUUUAUAUAUGUAUACAAAACGGGUGUGGGCCAGAGGUGUGGGGGUGAGAGGAUUAACCAGAGAUUAGAGAACAGAACAGGAAGACUGACUGAUAUCCACUGCUGAGGGGAGCAGCCGGGGGACAGGAGAGGUCUGCUGCGCCCUGUGGGUAGCUCCCUGGCCGGGAAUCAAACUUGUGCUUCAGUGGCUGCAAUAGUUUCAUAGUGCUGAGACUUAACCCCUUGUGCCACCAGAGAGGCCCCCCUGUAUCAGAAUUUCUAAUGAAGUUAAGGUAAUUUGGAUGAAAAAUUUCAGGCAGAAAUGUUAAAUAUUGUGUUCAAAAGUUUUAAAAAAUAGCACAGAUCAGUGGUUCUCUGUAGGGUUUGAUUUAACCUGCAAGCCAGCAUUUUGCAUCCAUACUCCUAGUUCUAGCACAGUGUAAUUUUUGUUCUUUGUACUGUUUCUUCUUUUUUGUUCACUGCAGUUGUAGAGCCUGUAUGAAGAUUACAAGGGGUGGGGAGAUAGACUCUGCCUAGUGACAGGCACAUCACAGGAGUACAGGAUGGGUCAUAUUAGUGUGGCUGUGACUGGAAAUACAGAAUGACACUGUCCACUUUUUGACCAUAAACUCCAUGUACCUUCCAUGUGCACCUGUGUCAGGUCUCCCAAAUAUUCUCAAAGCCGUGGUCUCAAAAUUUAGGACCUUGUCAUACGUACUCGCCUCAGAUACUUACCAGUGCUUUGAGCAUAGUUCCUUGUGUGUGGUCACUCUUAAUCUGAAUAUAUUUUACCUGAGUGACCAGUUUCUUCAUUUGUACACACUUAAUGUGUGAUUUUGGUGUGAAAAGUCAACAGUUGUGAAAUGUUCUUUAAAUUGGAUUGUGGAGCUAUAUAGAAAAAUUGUAUUUUCUGUCUCAUUUGAACUGGGCUGAACACCACUGAGCUGAACCAAAGACCUUUGUACUGGAUCAAAUGCAACUGUAAUAAGAACCCAUCAAGCAAACAAUGAUUUGCGAAGACUCCAGAAUCAUUAAAACUGAAAAUUAUGAACUUUUAGCCUAAUGCCAGAAACUCAGUUUCCCUUUCAGCACUUCUGGGAAACCAGUAACCAAUUAUCUGUAUCCAAAAGAAGUUAAAGCUUGUUGAAUAAUCACCUCCUCAAUCACAUACCAUCUCCAUAUUUUCUUCCCAUUAAAAACUCUCAAAUUGAUUCUUCCUCGAAGCACAGUUUAGGUUUCUCCCUGAAUCUCUGUACUCUGCAUUCAGUCUCUGAUCCCAAAUAAGCUUGAUUUACAUUUCAGUGCGCUGAAUUUUGAGGUUAACCACGGCCCAGGCUCAGGAUUCCAAGACAGUCCGGGGAAGAGAAGGAGAUCCCGAGGCACUUCGCCACUGCUGAUCUGAAGAGCUCUGAAGUCUCGUGUGGCGCAGCAUCAGUUCCUUGAGGGGGCUGAGGUGCUUCUGCAAAUGAUUCCAAGCUACUGUGUUCCACCAGCCUCCCUCUUCAGCAAGAUGUCAGAUUUUCUUUUUUUUUUUUUUUUUUUUUAGG